AUGGCACCGGUCUCUCAGUUAUCGUGUUUAUGGUUUGGAAUGAAUGAACGCACACGAGCGACCGCUGUUGCACUUUUUGGUGCUAGUCUUGGAGUUACCGUCGGUUUUCUCAUCACACCGUAUAUCGUUUCAGAACCGGACAACAUACCAUAUCUUCUGUAUUUACACGUUGGCUUGUCCUUUUUUGCUGUUAUUUUAACACUUCUCUAUUUUCCAUCAAUUCCACCUUCACCACCAUCUGCUGCGGCCGAAUUAUUAAUCUAUCAUCCAUUGAGUGAAGAACAAGGUGGCCACGUUAAGUUAUAUCUCAGAAAUCUUUGGCAAUGUUUAUCGUCACCGUCAUGUUUGUUGUUGUCGUUAGCAGCGGGAAUUACAACCGGUGCAUUAGGAGCUUGGGCUGGACUACUGGCAACAAUCUUAGGACCAAUGAAUUAUUCAGAAGCACAAGCGGGUUGGUUUGGCUUUGGUAAUUCUUUGGCGAGUAUGUUUGGUAGCUUAGUAAUGGGUAGUAUUGCAGAUCGACAAUACUUUCAACGCCGAUUAAAGUUUUUAAUUCUCGCUUCAUUAAUAUGUUGUUUUCUCUCGAUUACAUGGUUUCAACUGGGAGUUCGAACAUUGUUUUACGAUAAACCAUUAGUACCAUUGUCUAUAUCAACAAUCGCUUUAUCCAUAUCGUUCACAGGCUUAUUUGCAGGUGCUGCGUCACCUUUAAUGUACGAAUGUUUAGCUGAAAUAAUGCAUCCAUUACCUGAAUCAUUAUCAGCAUCAACUCUUGCUCAAUGGAAUAAUGUAAUGGCACUCAUUCUGCUGUCAAUUGCUCCUAAACGGUAUAAAUUAAUGAAUCUAUUAGUGCUGCUAUUGACGGGUGUCGCGAUCAUUAUGAUAUCCUUUGUUAAAGUUACCUAUAAACGAAAAGAUGAAGAUGAACGAAAAAAACAUGACAGAAAAGAAUUAAAUGAUGAUAGUCAAAAAAAUCCAUAUAAACAAGGUUUUAUCAGUCAAAACUUUCGAAAUAGUCAAAUAUAA